ACAUAUGUGUCUGCAUACGUGACCCCGCGGGCCUGGGGCGCUUCGUUUGUGGCGGAAGGGCAGGAACUUGUUGCUCUGGGGGCGGGGCUUCGCCUGGGGGUUUAAUUCAGUAAAAGCAGCAGUGGAAUAAUGAGCCUGGGCGCGCUGGACUGGGAGAGAUACGGCUCGAGUUAGGAGUUGAUUACGUAUAAUAUUAAAUCCUCUCCCACACUGACACAAAGGGUUCAGAAGCGCAGGUCACAGCGAAAGCUCCGGCACUGUGGACCUCGGAAGCGGGACGCGCUUGGAAUUGUUUGAAAUUUGCAGAACCAGUGGAAAGCGUAGGGAUGGUGGAGAACUCCGCCAACAGCAAGGGUCAAAUGCCCGGUCUGACCCCCGAGGGAUUGAGCAUGGUGUUGCCUGGAAGCCCUUCGUUCUCCCCCCACCACGCAGGUGUCAAGCUGGAGGCGGUGAUGGAGCAGCUCCAGAGGCAGCAGCAAGCCCGUCUGGAGAUGGAGCAGCGAGAGCGGAACGAGCGGCACGUCCGCGAGGCCCACAUCAGGUACGCCCAGCAGGUAGCAGCUCAGCAGGCCGUCCUGGCUGCAGCAAGGGCCUCGGGGAACCAGCUUCCUUCGGGACUCCUGCACAGGGGCCUGUCUGCGCUGGUGGUGGGGGGCCAGAGAGCCUCAGAUCAAAGUAGCGUGGACUCGGAGGCGGACGAGGAGAGGGCCCGAGGGUCUGGGGACGAGGAGGAGGAGGAGAUGGAAAGGGAUGAGGAGCUGGAGGAAGGGAGUGAGGAGGAGGAGGAGGAGGAAGAAGGGAGUGGAGGUGGGGCUAUCGGGUUGGAAUACCUCCGGAAACAGACCCUGGCUUUGCAGACGGCCCACAGACUGCUGCCCGCCACCCACCCGUCUCCCCCAGGCCCCCCUCCUCCCAUCGUCGAGGUGAAGCAGGAGCCGGACGAGGAGAGCCACUCUCCCGGGGAGCAGACAUCAGGAUCCCCGAGCGCGCAGCCGGACUGGGGCUACGAUGAGCAGUUCAAACAGAAUGGGAGUCUGGCAUGGAGCGAUGAAGCUGACGGGGGCCGAGGAAGAGGAGGAGGAGGAGGAGAGGCAUCGCGAGACUUCGCCAAGGGUAGAUGGGAUUCUUCUGUGCUAGACAAAAAGUCCAACGACUUUGACAGGGAAGGACAGAAAAUGCUUUAUGAACUUGACGGCGAUCCCAAGAGGAAAGAGUUCCUGGAUGAUCUCUUCACCUUCAUGCAGAAGAGAGGCACUCCGGUGAACAGAAUUCCCAUCAUGGCGAAGCAGGUCCUGGACUUGUACACGCUCUACAAGCUGGUGACGGAGAAGGGAGGACUGGUGGAAGUGAUCAACAAGAAGAUCUGGAGGGAGAUCACCAAGGGACUCAACCUGCCCACUUCAAUAACCAGCGCUGCCUUCACUCUCCGGACACAGUAUAUGAAGUACCUCUACCCCUACGAGUGUGAGAAGAAAGGCCUCAGCUCUCCGGUGGAACUCCAGGCUGCCAUCGACAGCAACAGACGGGAAGGCCGGCGGCCAAGCUACACCUCCACUCUCUUCGGCUACUCCCCAACCCCCUCCGGGGCCCCGCACAUCCUGUCUCCUCCCAAAAUGCACCUCCCAAACAACGGGCUGCACCUCUCCCCCGGCCAGCCCAUGAAGAAAGAAGAUGGGAUGUCAGCCAUGCUGCUGUCGAGCCGCCUCCCCAUGGCCAUGGCUCUGGGCAACCAGCAUAUGUCAGGCUUGGCCCGGGCCACCACGCUCGAACAGCUGCGGGAGAAGCUUGAGACGGGCGAGCCCCCGGAGAGGAAGAUGGCACGGGUAGCAGAGGAGCAGCAGCGGCUCAUCCAGCAUGCCUUCCAGCAGAACCUCCUCGCCAUGGCAACGCAGAUGCCAAUGAACAUCAGAAUCAACAGCCGCGAAGACAGCAGCAAGCAGGACAUGGCAUUGAGCAUUUCAGCGAGCGGCACGCACAGCAUCAGCAUGUCAGUGGAGGUUAAUGGCACUGUCUACUCGGGUGUCUUGUUCGCUCAGAAGCCGGCAGCAGCAGCCCCAGGUCCGAGUGGCGGUUUCGGGAUCCUAUCCUCCUCUCACAGUCCAACCUCCUCCAAGGCACCCAGCUCUGCAGAACCCUCCACCAGCGGCUCCCCCUAGAGGCCACACCUUGCAGGGGCAGUGUUAGUGUGGAAAGGUUCAGAGAGGAAGGGGAGGGGGGACACAAGGACUUGUUGGCAGUUCUCUAUAGAAAUAUAUAUUAUAUUAACCAUGGCAGGGAUUUACAGACUUUCACAACUAUUACCUCAUCAACUCGUCUGACCUGUCUGUCUUCAUAGAUGCACAGCCAAAAGAUGGGCAAAUUGAACUUGAAGAUUUUGUAUUGUUGUUUUUCUAUAUCACAUACCUCAACCAUUUUGCAAUGGUGAUUCCUCAAUGGGCUGUAGUUUACAAUGACUGUUUACCGAAUGUGUUCUCAGUAUUACGAGUGCUUUUUAAACUGGAGGAGAGCAGGGCCUGCAUAUCCCAGACCCAGCCUCAUUAGCAGCCUCUCGUUUCCAACGCUCAGCCAGCCCUGCAAGAGCCGACGCAACUCUUUGAAAAGCAUAGGAGUUGAAUUCAGGUCCAAAAACCAAUGCUGCAUCAAAUGCAACUCCUCUGAUUUUGAAGAGAACCCAAAAUGCACCUUAACCAGAACACCCAUGCCAUGAGUAUCGUAUCAUACAGGCUUGCAUGAGUGAGGAUACCCUGGUCUUCGGAUUCACAGUGCAGCGUGCUGUCGGUCUCGUAUCGUAGCAUACAGGCACCACUUUAUGCUCAGCGUGGUCAGCUAGCCUCGUAAAUCUAGUAACCAGACUGCCAUAUUUGUGGAUCCAGCAGGUUUAUUAGUAUGGUUAAGGUGCUUUUUAGGGGAGCAGGGAGCUUUUUAAAACUGAAAAUCAGCGUGCAGCUACAGUUCAAAUUAAACUGUUUCCCUUUUUCUGCUUUACCAGAAAGGGUCGUCUCAGGAAUAUGCUGGUACAUUUUACAUUUUUUUAAAUAUUGGGUUAUAAAAAUAUUAUUUAGUGCUAUUCAAGUAUAUCUCUCUGACUGUGGCUAAAUUCUGUUUUUCUUCCUAUCUUUCUAUAUACCUCAUCUUGUCAGUUUGACGUUAUUUCGAAUGCUUGUUGAAUUUGUAACGUACUUGUUGAUGUUUAUUGAAAACCAAAGACGACAAAAAAAAAAUAUGACCCGCCCCACACUUCAAGUGGGAGCUCUUGGGAACCGGCUUUGCUAAGAAUCAUUCAGACUUCAGUAUGGCCUCACAUUGGCAGUUGAUUUCAUAAUAGCAGAACUGCUGGAAGCUCCUUUGAUGGAUUGUGUAACAUUUUAAGAUGUGGGGGUGUUGUAUGCAGUGUCACAGUUGACAGUAUUGUAGAUGCAACUCUGCCAGUCUGCUUGCAAAUGACUUGGUCUUGCACAGCUAAGUACCAAAGAUAUGGGAUCUCCAUGUAAACAAAAUACCUCAAUGUCCGCAAGAAAGCAGGACCUUGUGUGGCUUCAUUUUGACAGUGUUGGUCAGCAGCUCAGCUGAGGGGGUCGGCGGUGCUCAGUGCCUUCAAGGGUCUUGAAAGAGAAUGUGGUCAGGAGGCCUUUAAUUGAGGUGAUGACCAAAAACACUGAAGGACAGAACCUCACAAAGAAACGGCCCCAGCCCUGAAGGACAGAACCUCACAUGGUACCGGCCCCAGCCCUGAAGGACAGAACCUCACAAAGAACCGGUCCCAGCCCUGAAGGACAGAACCUCACAAAGAACCGGCCCCAGCCCUAGAGGACAGAACCUCACAAGGUACCGGUCCCAGCCCUGAAGGACAGAACUUCACAAGGUACCGGCCCCAGCCCUGAAGGACAGAACCUCACAUGGUACCGGUCCCAGCUACGUACUCUGGUUCUUCUAAAUGGACGCCAUCGUUAGCACAGAGAGUUAAAGGUUAAACAUUAACAAUAAAAGUAUAAUGUAGGCAGCACUUUACAAAUAUACCUUAAAUCACAAGGCUGUUAAUAAAAACAUCUCUUUAACAAGUAUCAAAUCAUGGCUAGAAAACUUUACAGCUAUGGCCAAAAGUUUUACAUCACCUAGAAUUUUAGAAUUGAGACAACUGAAACAAAACCCCAAAAAAUAUUUAAAAAAGAAACAUAAUUUAGAUAUUUCAUUUAACAUUAUGUAAUCAAAGAAAACACAAAAUGAUAUUGCAAAAGUCUACCGGAAGCCAUAAUAGUAGUACAGUAUUUCAUGUUAGAUUUCGAAAUGUCACAUUUUUAAAUUUUUGCCAGGUAUAUAGAAAACUACAAAGCGGUAUGUAAUUCAAUAUGUCAACGUAACAUUAUUCAGCAGGUUUCAUUUGACUUUAUGAAGUAAAUGAUUAGCUCAUUCUGUAGAGUGAUGCAAACCCUUUGUCCAUAGCCGUAUACCACUAUCACUUCAUAUAGCUCUACGAAAGGUGGUUGUUUUACCAUAUCCAGUACAUAUAACCAUGCAUAAUUAGGAAGGCUUCAAGCCGCUGGAUAGAGCUAAUUCAGAAAGUCACAUUGGGGAGGGGGUUGGUUAUAUCUUUUUCAGUUCAGACCAUUAUUUAUUUAGUUAAGGAUAUUUAUGCUACAUUUCUAUCUGCUGCUGGGAGCGGUUUGAUUGGAAAUCUGCAGCAGACAGAUCAAACUGGUUUGAAUUGGGGUCCGUCGGCUCCAGUGAGGAUAGAAACCUGUCUCCAUUGAGCUCUAAUGGGGGUUCAUCUGAAAAUGGCUCACUGAGGUGGGUACUGGAUGCAACAUAAAGCAGGAAUAAACAACCGAGGACCACAUCGCCAUCAAAUCUUUAUUCCUGUGUGUAGAUGAUCUCUGAUCUGAUGUAUUGCUGCGGGUAGAUGGUAUCUGAUGUGAAGCAGUUUCUAGUUUUGCACAGCUCCAAUAAAGAUGCGACUGAUGGACUCGCCUUUAUCACUAAUACAGUGGGGACGUUACAGGACCUCUCCCCCCAACACUAAUUCACUAAGAGUUAGGAUUCAGACCCCUGGCUCAGCAGGGACACUUACUCACAAAUUCAGGACUCCCUUUGUGAAGGCAGGGAUGGUAUAAAGCAGCCCACAGGAUCCCAGCACCUCGACCACCAUACACCCAGGCAUUGCAGUCUCAGGGAAGCAAGGAGGCCAAUUAAAUGACUUGGAGAGGCUCAGGGAGAACGAAGACACUUCAGUCGGGCUGACUAGUUACUGUUUGUAUCGCUGCAUUCUUUUAACGUCGUUUACCUUAUGUGUGCUUAAAUGUGAUAGUGUAUCAUGAUGUUGUGCUUUUUAAAGAGAAAAGAUGUUGCACAAUUUGUCGAGUGCAAAACUGAGCACAACAGAAAGAAAUAACUGAUGUCCUUUUUUUUCUAUUUUGGUUUCUUUGUGUAAAGGGAGCUAAAGGCCUGGUUUGUAGGUAUUGCGUGGGUGUUUUAUUUUUAAAUUAGAUUUUAUUUUCUCCUCCAUAAUUUUUAAAACCUCUAAAAAUCGGUUUGUCACCUAUCAUCAGAUGUACUAUUGCAUUGACAGCUAUGAAUCUGUUCAUCAGAUGUACUAUUGCAUUGACAGCUAUGAAUCUGUUCAUCAGAUGUACCAUUUUAAAAAGACUGGAAAUAAAACCCAUUGUGUACUAGCUGUAUCUGUCCAGGUCAAACUGAAAUAUUUUAAUAUAUUGUACAUACCCACUUUAUCACCCACCCCCUCUCUUUUUGAAAACAGAUUGAAGAGCAUUGUUAAUUCAUGAAUAAUAUAUUAAGCGUGCACCAGUGAUUCGAUUUGUUUUUUAAAGAUAUACCUCUAAAGCCAUAAAACACAAUGGUGUGAUGCUCCUUUUUUGUUUGUGGGUUUUGUGCUUGUUCUUUCUUUUUUUUUCUUCUCUUAAACCACGUUCUUGGAGAAUAACGUUGUGAAUGCUUGUGAAUCUGGUUUGUGAUAUAAUUGUAAAGUGUAUUUAAAAGGGGAGCACUUUUUUCUCCUGAAGAAGUGAUAUUACACAUUCAGUUUUGUUCGCAUUGGAAAUACAAGGCUGUGGUACUCAGGGGUUACAAUAUGUAUUUCAUUAUAAAGUUUUACCUUUUAUUUCUA